AUGACUUCGAAGAUUGUCAUCGGAGGUGAUGGGCCAGAGUUCGCCGUCAAUGUUGUCCCAUGCUCUAUCCAUUAUACGGGAGAUGCAAAUACUGCAACCUUCUUUGAACCGUCCAAGAAACAUAUCAAACAAGGAGACAACCAUGUUGUCACUGCCCAAUUCAGAGGAUUGAAGCUUGUUGGAGAUCAAAUAGACAUAAGCAACAAAAAUGGCCAAAUUCUCACAAGCUCAGAAAUUCUCGUCAAUGAUCCUUCUAAAAGUGAUGGUGAUAUAUCAAUUGCGAAGCAGUAUUCUGCUAUUGGUAAUUUUCGGGAGCUUAAUGUUUAUGGACACGAUAAUCCGCUUUCCCAGAACUCCAAGUGGAAGAUGCUUGAUGAAUGGGAGAAAAUUGCUGAAGCCAUACACUCAUAA